AUGAGCUUCACUUCACCGGCCCAAUCUUUGGCCAUUUAUGGCGGAACUGCGUUUUUAGCGUAUCUGGAAACGUCCGGCUAUGAUAAGGUAAUACAUAUUUUUCUUUUUUCUUGUGGGUUCGAUUUUGUUGAAAGUUUCGGGAAUGGUCUGUUUUCUGUUCUCUUUGAAUUGAUUGUGCGUUCUGUGGCAGUGACAUUGAUUCGAUUAGCCAGCCAGGAAAAAAAAAACAUUUCUUACCAAAAAAGGAAGUUGUUUCCAGGAAAACAAAAUUGCAAAUUGAUGGUUUCUUUGCGGUUCAAACUUCACAGCGUUUGUUUUUGUUUCAUAUGCGGAAAAAAAAUGAAACUUUUUGAAGUUUCAAAGUGAAGAAAAAGUUGCGAAACUUGUGUACCGAUUCUUUUCCCGCGUCUUCGUUCAACAUGUUUACGGGGUCGAAAUGCAUCUUUUUGCACUUUAUUUGUUCCCAUUUCAUGAGAAAUAGACUUGCAAAGCGUUUUUGACUUUUAUUUGAAAAAAAAAGAUUGAAAAACCACAGAUUUCCUAUUGCUCAUAGUUUAUGAGAAAACGAAGAGGAAACAUUUUCGAGCUUUUAUUUGAAAUUAUAGUCUUCGAAUAAUGGGAAGAAUGAAGUGGGGCUGAAAAUGUGAGAUACGAUGAAUUUGAGAACCUGGUAGCCUGGAAAAAAAAAACUCAUUUUUGAGGAUUGAUUGAGUCUAUUCGUUACUUAAAAAGUUAGCUGAUGAGAAAAAGAAAAGUUUCUAGACGUAAUAAAAGCUUAAUUGUAAUAGGCUUUUCAGUCAAAAAUAAAAUAAUCAAGUUGACCGUUUCAGGACCACCCAUUCCUUUUAUGUCUGCCAACUGCCGUUUUGUGCCUUCUUACUUUGGCGACGACGAUGCAUCCAAAACCCCGAUUUGCCACCGCCGCCUCAUUUUUCCUUCUGAGUGAGAUUUUGAAGACCUUAAUUUGAAAGAAAGUGUAUGUGUAGAACAUUGGCGUUUGAAGGGGAAGAGGUUUUCGUUGAAUUUUCAGGAAAAAAGUCACCUUUUUGAAGGAUAUUGUUGAGUUAUUUGUUUUUUGCUUCUUUUUAGGAAAAGCCAGUUACUGAAGUCUGAAAUUUCACGUUAUGAUUUUACAUUCAACCGUUGGAAGUUUUCUAAAAGCUGUUGGGAGCUACUUUAAAAAAUGAUAUCAGUGAAGUGAACCUCGAAAGUUUGACGUAAUUGGGCUAUUUUUUCCUUGAUCAACUGACUGUAUUACUUGUGAGUAUUACUUCUUGAAAGCUUACUUUUCAAUAUUGCAACCACUAAAACUAUUUUCCUAAAAUUUUUCGUAGUUUAACUCACUAGUAAGAACAGAUUGAGUUUAAAAAAAGUUGAGGUCAGCGAAAAUCGCAUUGAUUCUUUAAUUUUUUUCUAUGUUUAAAAUAUAUAUUGAGACAAAAUUUGAAGAUUUAUAUGAUAGAGAGAUAUCUAACAGGCGUCGCCACAUACUCACAGUCGUCGUCGAGGACAGCCGUCGUUCUUUCCAUUUUGAUCUUCUCAUUGGCUAACAUCUUCUAUUAUAUUUCUUUCAGGUUUGUCGACUUGUUUGUUGAAAAAAAGUACUUGGUUUUUUUAAAAUAUGAUCUUCCGAAUAAAUCUUAAUUUUUUUUCCAAAAAGUGUAGUGUAAACCUUUUUCACAAAAAUGAUAGAAUAAAUCGGAAAGUAAAAAAAAAAACGGGGAAGAAAUAUUAGAAAUAACGUGAAAAUCUUUUUUUACCGAUUCUGAUAAGAUCUGUCUGACCAGAAAGGUUCUCCGUCCAUUGAGGAUUGUUCGUUAUUUUCAGAUUCAAAAAAAAAUAGAGAUUACUGUAGAGUUGAUUCCCGGCUUGCUUGAGCCAUCGGAAAAGGUCCUACCACGACAAAAAAAAAAAAUGAAACAACGCCUGGCUGGUGCAGAGCGCAGACAGGACACGCCCCAUUGCGAUCCAAGCUAGCCGUGAUAAUAUGAUGGACUUACGUCAAGAGCCAUUUAUGAUAAAAACCAAUUGGAAGAUCAUUUUAUUUGCAGAGAAUUGGUGACACGCUGGUCGAAAGCGUUGUGGCUUCUGUCCUUGGUGCUCCUGACGCUGUCGUUGUUCCACCUCUUCUACGACCUCGUCGUCGCGAUUCCCUUCCUCAUCGUCGUCUUGUCGGUGCUUCUGGCCACUCACGUCCUCAUUUUCGUCGGCGCCGGGUCGCUCUGUCAGUUCGGCUACCACGGCGACUACGAUUCUCGGCAGGUUUGUGGAAAAAAAGUAGUAGUUUUGCGGGUAUUGGAUUAUAUAGUUGUUGAGCUUGAAGACGCUGGAGUAUAAGAUGCAAGAAGAGCAAGAACAGGGGCAAUAGUUGUUUAAUAUCUACAGACAGAUUAUACAUAGCUUGUGGAACUUUCUAGAAUGAAAAUCUCCACACAAGAUCCCUAUGACGUAAUGAGAAUAAAAAUUACAGAAUAGUAUAAAAUAUUCUGGAGUCAGACUAAUAUAAGCUUUAAGUUCUAAGAAUAGUCGAUUCUGACGUCUUGAAUUUUCGACGCGUUGCGUAUACGACGCGGCUUUUUGCGAGAAACUCGAGCCGCCUUUUCUUCAUGCGUUCUUUUCAAAUAGUUUCUCGUGAUUAGCUUCAACUUUAGGUUUAGAAAAAAAGCUAGCAAAGUUUGAGGGAGAGAAUUCAUGUUUUUGAAACAUUUUCAUGUUAUUUAUAAAAAAAUUUAAAAAGUUAAUUUUUCCACUUCACAAAAAAAUAAUCCCAAAUUUAUUUUUAAACACAGAAUUAAUUGAGUUGAACAAAUCCUAAAAAUUCCACUGUUUGAAUGAAGAAAAAAACUACGAGAGGUCGAAAAUCUGUGUUAUUCGAUCAUUCUCCGACCUUUCCUCGCCUCUCAGACGUUCCACGCCCCUAUCUCUUCAAAUAACUCACGUGGAACCGAAAAGUCUGACUCGCUGAAUUCUGUGACAAGGAUGAUACUGAUACAUUCCAACGUCUUGGUCACUUUUUUGAGAAACCAGUUCUGUUCAAAGCGAUAUGGGAGUCGAAAUGGAUCAAAAAUCGGUGACUAAUCGAAGAAAAUAUGCUGAAAUACAGCUUUUCCAAAGUAUUUUUUUCAUGGGGUAUUUUUCAAACAAGCUUUUCCUUUUUUGGAAAUUGAUAGAUCAAAUGAAAAUAUGAACAAAACUUAAAAGCUUUGAGCUGAAGGUAACAGAUUUUUUCAAGUCUCGAAAAUAAAUUUUUCGAAAGAGCAUUAGACCUAAAUAGCUCUUUGUAUGGAGGAAGAAAAUGACACGAGUUUUCACAAAAUUUGAGCGAGAAAGGAUAAAAUAACAGGAAUUCUUUAAGACUUUCAAGUACAGUGGUAUGAGCGGGUUUUAUCAGGGUAAGUUAUUUUAAUUUGCGUUUGCAGAUCCUUGAAAGUUGAAUCUAGGUCUUGAUAGUCUCAAUCAAAAAGCCUUUUAUUCUUUAAAACUAGGAAGCUUUGCCGCUUGAGACUCUCAAAAUCUUCUUCUGGUGCUUCAAUGAGUGUUAUUUCACGGGAUUCCCAACCACAAAGUGAAAUGUCUCUUGCAAGUUAUUUCUUUCACGCCGUAAGAAUAUUUACAUUCAGAGAGAUUUUUAGAGCUGAACCCUUUCUCAAUUAAACAACCUAAUAAGAAUUCCUAUCUUAAAGGCGUCCUUCCUGCGGCUUUUCGGGUCCAUCCUCUCGUGGACGUCGACCAUGUUGUUCCUCUUGAACUCCUUCACACGGCACACGAUUCUGCUCCACACCUGGUCCCGCAUCUUGUUCUACAUCGCCCACGGUCUCUUGUUCAUCGCCAAUGAGCGAACUUUCUAG